UCAGAGAGUUCGAGGAUGGUACGACUGUUCGCUGCUCUUCACUCUUCACCUUCGCUGCUAUGUGUUUAUCUUUUGUUUAUUGUUAGGAUGUGCGUAUUGUAUUAUUUGUAAAGAGGAAUAAAUACCAUUCUCGAAACAUUGAAGCUACCCUAAUGCUACAGUCACACGGUUUUGAAAGGUCCCACAAGGGAUCCUUUCACCUUCAACUCUGCUAUUAGGCAGCAAGUAACCUGUAAUGUCGCAGCAUGGGUACUCUCCACCCUCUAAGAUGGAACCUACUGCAUCAGGAUCUCAGCAGAAUGAGACUAUCACACUGCUCAUUGAGACACUUACAGGGAAUUCCUUUGAGAUGACAGUGUCCCCUGCUGACACCAUUGCUACUCUUAAAAGUAAAAUUCAGAGAGUAGAAGGCAUUCCUGUGUCAGCACAACAUCUUCUGUUCAAUUUGAGUGAACUGGAUGAUGAGUCCAAGAUAAGUGACACGCUUAUUAGUGGUGGAUCCACAUUGAGGCUUGUAACAUCAAUGCGAGGAGGGCCUAUAAGUACUAGGCGUGUAUCUCCUACACCAGAGGAGCGGGCAUGGAUGGAUCUUGUUGAUUCCAAUCGGUGUGAUGACAUUCUUCAACGUAUACCAUCUGGUCAGCUCACAGUGCUUGUAUUCUGUGAAGGUGAACAACUGAACCUCUUUCGAGUUGUUGAAAAUAAUGAUGGCACUUACUCCCCAAUUACUGAUCCUGUCAACACGUCUUCCAUUCGCAAUGUAUUGGCCACGGAUGAACCAGAUACAGCUGCCCAGCGUCAUCAUGAAAACACAGUUACCAUGGGGAAAAUGAAAGAGCUGCAGCGUAAACUGAACAGUGGAAUGCUAAGGCGCAAGAUGAAAUUGAAUAGUUCUCAGGAGCUAGGUAAUCAGGAAUCUUCACAAGAGUCACAUGCCAACAUCACACAUUCAAAUGGGCAAAUAGCAAACUGGAACAAGGUGCAACCAACUCUUCAAACUGCUUCUUUGCCUGAUCCUCAAUCAUCAGGGCAACCAGUUGAACAACGACCUAUUGUUCGAAUUUUUCGCUCCAAAAAGUCAAUACCAUGUCCUCAUAGAAAGCUCACCCUUCCCCGUCUGGAGUCAACCCAGUCUUCACAGAUGAAAAGCCACCAUCCUCACCCAGUCCACCUUGGACCUUCCCGACCGUUUCUACCUGUAUUGACCGUCCCACGACGGGGAAAGCAGGAAAUACCCAGACAGCUACCAUCAUCACAACCUCAAAGUCAACCUUUGAGAAUACCAGCUCCUCCUCGUCUAAUAGCUCCUCCUCUCCAUGUACCGCCUUUACUUCAACGCCCACCGCCAUUGAGACCCGUAUGGAAUCAAAGACAUGGGCCAGUGCCUGUUGUCAUUCCAGAUAUGAAGCCUUGCGCUGCCACCUUGCCUAAAAUGCACCCAGUUUUAAAAGAUGAUUCGCUGCAAUAUUUGCCUCCACAGCCAUCAGUUUCAAGGGUUCCAACCAUGUGCCAAAACCGCAGACGGUUAGAUCCUAUAAUUCAUCAGAGAGAGUUGAUCUCAAAUUUGCGCAUGGGAAUGCAACAGCCCCAAUUACGUCAACAGUCAAGUCCACAGUCAGAUAUUCAAAAUGGAGCAAUACUGCAUCCAGCGGGAGCAUCAGGCUUACCGAAGAGAAAUGCAGUGAUAAACGUCUCAAAUUGUGCUUUUGUUCCUAACAAUUUGGUAGUACCUCAGCCCACGCCACCUCUGCAAAAUGCCUGUCAAUUCGUUCUACUCCGUGGCCCUACUUCAAGCCCCAAAGAGAGAUUUACGGAGUACCUCACUGCAUAUCUUGCUAAGAGUUUCUCCUCACGCUUCUCUGGUCUGAUACCUGAGGACUUGCCUGUGCGCUUGUCGCACCAGCUUACGAAAAAUUUAUCUCAUCACUUUGUGGGAGGUUUAUCUGAUGUUGCUGCAAAUCGACUAUCUUUGCAACUUUCCACCCGUAUCUCUCAAUUUAUGGAAGAGUGCCUUUCCAACCGCUGUCCUAAAGAUGUUUUGGGACAAGCUCUUCGCACUAUUCUUGAAGAGAGGACAACUCAAGGAUAUUCUCUCACCGGAGGCUGUAGUAGUCAUUCAGAUGUAUGGGACCCACACAUGAGAGUGGCUGUUAGAGGCCUGCCAACCUUUAAUGCUGAUGUUGGCUCAAACUACAUCCACACCCCAGAACCCAUACGGGAUAAUAUUAGAGAAACAAGAGAGCUUUUUGCCCAAAUUCCUCGGUUUCAUUCGGCUCCUACUCCUCUUACUUCUCAGGGUGCUGCAGUUCGACAUUCAGUUUUUGGGGGACUCCAACGUGAACCUUUGUAUGUUCGCUUGAAUGACUCAGCCAUGUAUCAGAGAGGGAUGGUACCUGUUCUCGUAAGACCUGCAACCAGUCCAAAUUAUCCACCUCCAAUCUUCUGUAAUACUAUUCAAGCAGGCCAACCAUCUACUGAACUUUUGAGACGUGUCAUAGAGUCUUCUGUUCCUCAAUUGAGACAGCCUCGAUUGCAGACUGAAAUUCAAAGGGACCAAGGCCAAGUACAGGUCAUGAAUGGUAUUGGAAGAGUAACAGUUCCUUUCCGUUCUGCCCCUCCUUUUGAUGACCCAUCCCAGCAACCAAUAUAUGCAGGGUGCCAGCCUCAAGGGAUCAGAUGGCGAACAGUGAAGUAUUCAGUGCAUCCUAAUUCACAACCAAGAUUGCUGACUGAACCGCCCCAAACUGAGCCACAGACUGGAAUUGGCAAUGCUAAUGAUGAAAAUCAACAGAGAACCAACACAGUUGAUGUAGAGCUUAAGUUACCAAAGAAGCAACGGUGUUGCCAGUGUCGUAAGAAAUUGACAAUAUCUAACAACUACUUAUGCAGAUGUCAAAAACUAUUUUGUUCUACACAUCGCUACUCUGAAGCCCAUAACUGCAACUAUGACUACAAAGAAGAAGGCAGAAAGUUACUUCUACAAGAAAACCCUCAAGUAAAGGCAGAGAAGAUCGUCAAAAUGUAACAUCACUACCCAAUGAACCAUACAGUGUUGCUUAUCACUUCUUGCCCCAAACAUCUUUUCAUCCAUCUUCCAUGUAGCUUCAUUUGGAACUAAUACCUUUCAAGACUUUUUUUUAUAUAGGAGUGUGCAAAUUUCUUUAAUUCUUUAUUCUUCGUAGUAAAAUUGGAUGUUACAGAUUACUUAAUUAAUUUUAGUGCUCUCAAUGUGUUUUAAUUAAACUAGAAUUUGUUCUCUUGUGCUUUUAACUUUUAAAAAAAAUUGUGAUCUUAAAUUUUGAUCUUGUUGAUUUUAUUAAGUUUUUUAAUUUGAUAUAUGUUGUUUCAUACCUUAUUUUUAACAAUUUGCUUUCAAAAAAAUUGAAAAAUUAUUUGCUCUCAGACUUGUAUUUUAGUAGGAGAUCUUUUGCUGGAUCUAAUAUUACUCUUACGAAUACCCCAGCAACACAGAUUUAUCACAAUGAGGUCAUACAGUGUAACUGAUAUCACAUUGAUGACAAACCUACCGGUUUUGUCCAUAAUUUUGCUGCAAGAUACAGGAAGAGGUUGCAAUUACCUUUUAGUGCCACCUGUGUCUAGCCGUAGUAUGGACUGCAAAUUUGGACUUGUUUUGUGAAGAUUUCAAAAUAGGUGAAGAGUGUACAUCCUGUUAAAGUUGGUUCCAUAUGUGACAUAAAAAUUCUAGAUUUGCCAUGAAAAUAUUAGUUGCAAGUGAAACUAAUUUGCAAAAAUUUGGUGUCUAAAGGUGUGAAGUAGUAUUUUAAUCCAUGUAUGAUGGUGGUGGCUUUGAUAAUAGGUAGUGACAUAAUUGUGGGUCAUACGUUGAAUUUAUAAUGUCACUAAUAUUAAUGGCUGUUUUCAUCCUCUUAUAGUCUGUGUCUGUGUCGUCCAUUUCCUACAAAUUUAUUAGAACUGUAGAUCAUUUUUAAUCUUCUGAGUGUCUUUUUCUGCUUGCACACUCCUAAAAUUAACACCAUACAGGUGUCCUUUUUUGCCUUCCUAGGGUAUGGGUAAUUAUUAUUAUCUGUUCUUGCUAAUAUUUUGUUGUAGCUUUAUCAGAAGAUAAUUGUUUAGUUACCUUUGUUCUUCUGUACUUACUGCUCUCAUUUUUAAAAAAAUAUGAGAAGGCAGUGUUGUUUUUUCUUGGUAUUUUAUUCAUAUUUAUAUCAUAUAUAUGUUCUCUCAUCUUCCUGUGUGGUUUGGGAUCUUGUAGAGUAUUGGGCUAGUUGAUCUUAAGUAGGGUCUGCAAAUGGCUUUAAAGUCUUAGCCUCAUUGUAGGGCCCUCAUUUUAGCUCUGGGGCUUUUAUGUCUUCACCCACGAUAUGGAUGGACUACCAAGAACUUAGAGAAAUCCUUCUCUGCUUCCUGUUAAAGAUUUAUCAUUCUUACAUGUUACCUAAUAAUAACAUUAUUUUUGACUGUUUUCUGCCAACUAAAAUGUAUUGGUGAUCACGCUAUAUGUGAUACGUGAAUCCCCAUGUACGGUUGUGAUAUUUAAUAUUACAUAAAACAAUUAAAAAAACAAAAACCCCUA